AUGGCCACAAAAAGUGAAGAGCGUGACUUUGGUACAACUUCUAAAUCAGGACCAAGAAGUCGAUCAGCUGAACCAGGAAUGAAUCAUAACCAGCAGAAACUGAUUAUGAUUCAAAGUUUUCCUCCAAUUUCUUCUGGUUGUGUUUCUGUGUUACCAAAGACUGAUGAAUUUCCAAAUAUUACUGAGCCUUCUUGUGAAACUACUGAAUAUAAAUCACAAUUUGCAUGGCCUCGGAAGCCUCAAACUGAUGUCCCAUGCAUGGCUCGAAAAUCUGUUUCAAUGGGUGUAAUAAAAGGAUCAGAGGAAACAGAUGCAUCUGUGCCAAAGUCAAAAUUAGCACCUAUUCAUAGACCAUGUGUAAAGCAAAAAGAAGUAAAGAAUUUAGAGAAAACUGUGCAAGAGGUUAAAAAGAAGCCUGGUGAAUACUUCUGGAAUUUAAAAUAUCGAAUAGCCUAUUAA